GGUAAACAAACAGCAGAGUCCGUGUCACAGGUAAACAAACAGUAGUGAUGUCACAGGUAAACAAACAGUAGUGAUGUCACAGGUAAACAAACAGCAGAGUCCGUGUCACAGGUAAACAAACAGUAGUGAUGUCAGAGUUAAACAAACAUUGGUGAUGUCAGAGGUAAACAAACAUUGGUGAUGUCACAGGUAAACAAACAGCAGUAGUGAUGUCACAGGUAAACAAACAGCAGAGUCCGUGUCACAGGUAAACAAACAGUAGUGAUGUCACAGGUAAACAAACAGUGGUGAUGUCACAGGUAAACAAACAGCAGUAGUGAUGUCACAGGUAAACAAACAGCAGAGUCCGUGUCACAGGUAAACAAGCAGUAGUGAUGUCACAGGUAAACAAACAGCAGGAGUGAUGUCACAGGUAAACAAACAGCAGAGUCCGUGUCACAGGUAAACAAACAGUAGUGAUGUCACAGGUAAACAAGCAGUAGUGAUGUCACAGGUAAACAAACAGCAGGAGUGAUGUCAGAGGUAAACAAACAGCAGGAGUGAUGUCAGAGGUAAACAAACAGCAGGAAUGAUGUCAGAGGUAAACAAACAGCACAGGUGAGGCGGGCGGAGGAGUUGCAGUUUUAUAAACAGACGAAUCACAGCCAGAAAAUUUAACGACUGGAGCUCCUCUUUCAGUCCAAAAUGGUGGCGACUUGUCUCAUUAUGAGAUCUUUGACUGCUCAAACUUCCUGUGACAUCAUUGCUCUCAUCUCCAUAGCAACAACGUGUGACGGACAGUUUGUGCUGAGCGGUCAGAGCGGUUGGUUCAGUUCAUCAGACUCAGAGAUGUAUGACAGCAGCAGCGUCUGCCGCUGGAUCAUCAGUGUGGACGAAGGAUUCUCUGUUCGUGUUGACUUCCUGUUUUUUGAAACUGAAGAACACGCCGACACGCUGAGACUGUACGAAGGUGCCGGAACAAACAAACAGCUGACAGCUGAGCUCUCAGGCUCCACCCCUCCUGGGACCGUGUGGCUGCUGAGCAACCAAUCAUCUGUGGAGUUUGUGUCUGAUGAUGUCAACAAUCUGUCCGGGUUCAACGCCACCUACAGCGCCGUAGACACCUCCGACCUGUCCGACCAGGUGAAGCUCACCUGUACCUUUGAGGGCGGUCUGUGUUUCUGGCAGCAGCAGCAGGAAGACGACGGUGAUUGGAUUCGAACCAGCGGCGCCACGUUUCCUCCACUGAGUGGCCCGAGUGUCGACCACACGCUCGGUAACCAAUCAGGUUUCUACAUCGUCACUCCUCUGAGUCCAGGCCAAUGGCUGAAGAGCUUCAGGAUCCACAGCCUCCCUCUGACUCCGCCCGCACAGCCCAUGUGUCUGAGCUUCUGGUACCACAUGUUCGGAGACAACGUCCACCGUCUCAGAGUCCUGCUGUCUGACCCCAAUGUCACCGUGGUGUUCCAGAGAGACGGUAACUAUGGCAACAACUGGAACUACGGCCAGGUGACCCUCAACCUGACAACGGAGACGACGGUGGCGUUUGAAGCUCUGAAGAAAGGAGGGCUGAGGAAUGACAUCGCUCUGGAUGACAUCACACUGACCUCUGAGCCCUGUGGCCCCGCCCCCCCUGAACCAACCAAUGUACCGCCACCAACAACCACGCCCCCUAUACCAGCCGACUGUGGAGGACCCUUUGACCUCUGGGAGCCAAACUCCACCUUCAGCUCACCAAACUACCCACAAUCCUACGGGAACGAGGCUUACUGUCGGUGGACCCUCCACGCCCCUGAUGGUCAGAACAUCCAGCUCCACUUCCUGGACUUUGACAUUGAAGCGACCUAUGAUGUCGUAGAGGUGCGGGACGGGGCAGGGCCAAACUCCACCUUACUGGCUGUCCUCACUGGCAGCGAUGGCCCCGCCCACGACUUGUUCUCAACAACCAAUCAGAUGACACUGUGGUUCUUCACGGACGAGUUGGGUCACGGCCGUGGAUUCAGGGCCAACUUCACCUCUGGGGUCGACCUGGGGACACCAGCUGCGUGCGCAGCCGGUCAGUUCCAGUGUCAGACAGGAAGCUGUAUCCAUGGUAACGGUCAGUGUGAUGGUGAGGUCGACUGUCCCGACGCUUCUGAUGAAGCCGACUGUGUUGUGUUACAGCGGAACGAUUCCAGUCGUCUCCAGUUACAAAUUGUUUCCUCUCUGCUCACCGUGUGUGCCGACACCUGGACCUCUCACCUCACUGACUUCACCUGUCAGUACCUGGGACACAGGUCAGGGGACGCCACAUUGCUGCCCGCUCUGCCACAAGAUUCACCAUUUGCAAUCGUCACAGUCACCAACAACAGAACACUGGAAACCAACGUCAGUGAAACCUGCAGCAGUGACAAGGUGGUGUCUCUGACCUGCGACAACCAACCUUGCGGCGUCCGACAGGUUGUUAAUGACACGGUGGAAACGGACCAAUCAGCAGAGAGGAAACCUGGUGAAGGUGAGGCCAGAGUGGUAGGCGGAGUUAAUGCGGUGAAGGGGGCGUGGCCAUGGAUCGUAUCUCUUCAUUGGAGGGGGCAUCACUUGUGUGGAGCCUCUCUGAUUGGCAGAGACUGGCUGCUGACGGCGGCACAUUGUGUCUACGGGAAGAACAUCCACCUUCAGUCGUGGUCAGCUGUUCUGGGUCUUCACUCUCAAAGUGACAUGAGCUCUGUGGACGUUCAGACCCGAAGAGUCGAUCGCAUCGUCAUCAACCGAGAGUACAACAGCCAGACCAAACAGGCUGACAUCGCCAUGAUGCAUCUGCAGCAGCCAAUCAGUUUCACCCAGUUCGUCCAGCCGCUGUGUUUACCUGCUGAGGGUCAGAACUUCACCGCAGGGACCAGAUGUCUGAUCGCUGGAUGGGGACGAGUCGCUGAGCAGGGUUCCCUCCCUGAUGUCCUCCAGGAGGCCAAGGUUCCUCUGGUUCUUCAGGAGCAGUGUGGUCUUCAGUUACCUGAGUACACCAUCACCUCCAGCAUGCUGUGUGCUGGACACGCUGAGGGUGGAGUCGACUCCUGUCAGCCUCCUCACACCUGGACAUGAAACUUCUGUGGACUUGUUUGGACUAACCUCGACUGACCUGUACUGACCUGGACUGA